AUGUACAUUAUUCUCAGCGUCAGGCACAUCCUGCCUGCCUUCCCGGUUGUGGCGCCUGCAUCUGAUAUUCGUAAGCGUGGAUGUGGGCUGCUUCCUGUCCCUCAUGAAGCAUACCGGGCUCUGCCUCUUUUGUUCCAGAUCGGGCUGCGACAUGAGUCAGGGGGUGCAUUCGGCGUGUGCCUCUCGCGCCUCAUGGGUCUCGAGCCGUUGACGGGUGUGAGUGCUCGAGGGGUUUCCGUCGGAUCCGUCAUGGGAGGAGGGGUCGCUUGGGUCUGGUUCGCCUGGGUUUUCGUCGCUGCCAUGCUGCCUGUCGGCAAGAUGGAAUCUUAUGCACUGGUCCGUUGCUCACCGACGUUUCGAGGCCGUUCGUGCUGGGCGUCUCAGGAGCAGGAAAAGGACCAGGAGCACGAAAAAGAACAGGAGCACGACGAGGUCUACGAGCACGAAGAGGACCAGGAUCCCUCAUUAUUCGGGAGGAGCUUGGAGGUGAGCGCCCGCAUCCCGACGCACACGGCAGCGGGGGACCCGGCCACCCUCCACUGCGACUACAAGCCGCGGAAGGAGGCGAGGAUCUACUCGGUCAAAUGGUACAAGGACGAGGGGGAGUUCUACCGGUAUCAGCCGUGGUCGAAUCCACCGUCGCAGGUCUUUUAUCAGCCUGGGAUCAAAGUGGACUUACAAGCGUCGAACGACCGGGCCGUGGUGCUGAAAUCGGUGAACCUGUCCACAUCCGGCAACUACAAGUGCGAGGUGUCCAUGGAGGCACCGUCGUUCGACACCGUGUCCUUCUCGGGGGACAUGCUCGUCGUGGUGGUGCCCGAUCAGCGGCCUCAGAUCAAGGGCGGGCGGGAUCAUUACCGCCUCAACGACCGGGUGCAUCUCAACUGCACCUCUGGACCUUCCAAGCCAGCUGCUUCUCUCAUGUGGUACAUCAAUGACGAACAGGCCGAUCCGAAGCACCUGCGGGAGUACCCCCCAUUCCCGGUGCAUAACGACCUAGAAGAGGCAGUACUUGGUCUGGAUUUCCGGGUGAAGCCUCACCAUUUCCCCCCGCCGGAUCGAAUCCUUCGCAUGAGGUGCACAGCCACCGUCGCCACUCUCUACUGGGAGAGUCACGAGUUGAAACCAAUCAGCGAACCUUCGCCCAAUGAUAUCACCGUGCUUUCCUCGCUAGGCGGGAACCGGAGCUCGUCGGUGACCUUGAUGACCUGGCUUCGGAUCCUCCUCCUCCUCAUGUCAUUCGUGGCGAACAUCCUCUUCUCGUGAUGGACUCAUGCGAUCUCAUGAAUUCUCUGUGAUAGCGCCCAGAGACGCGAUCUACAUGAAUGCUGAGACAAUCUCUAGAGAGUGUAUUUUUUAUGGCAGCGUGAUCGAUCGAUCGGCUGAUUGUAUCAGGACGGGUCAUUUUGAUGGAGUGGAUUGAAAAUAGUGCUCCUACCUCACUUGCAUGGCUGGCACGAAAACAAGGCAGAAGGACGAAUGUGGCUUGCUCUAGUCCUGAUUUUCACUCUCGUAUGUAGGAUUUUUUUGGUAUGCUGCUGUUUGAAGGGUGUUAUCAGAGGAGUAAAUAUUCACCUUAUUCAA